AUGGCAGGUGCUGUCCGUUCGACGACUUGUGACCCUUCUGAUCCGGAAUGGGCGGUGCAUUUGAUAAGUCCGGCACCUAUCCUGGAUGGUGAGAAGGUCCGAGCAGCCUGUUUGGUUCCAAGCUCUCUUCCCCGCUUGUCGAGUGCUUCAAAGGCUCCGUGGUUGGUGCCCAUAGAUGUUGGCCUUGCGAAGCAGCAGGAUUUGGACCCUCAGCAGAUCUUCAAUCGCCAGAUGAGUUCGUGGUUCAUUUGUGGGGGCCUGGCGCAGCUGUCUCCAGGUCUCCACAGACAGGUUGCCGAAGUCGACGUGCGCCCGUUGUUUUGGAACCUUUGCAGCGAUUACCAUGCUGCGGAUGUCAUGCUGUGUCUUGUCUUCCCGGAUCCUACCAUUGGCCACCGAGUCCUGAAAAGCUGCACGUCGUUGAAUGUGGUUAAGGGCCCCACGGAGGAUAUGAACACCGUGAGAGCAAGCAAGGAUGCCAUGUACACAUUGAAGACCUGGGCGACGCAGCUGGACGUGACACGUGUGGACGAUUCCAUGAACUGUUAUGGCAAGAUCGUGGCGGUACACCAGCAGAUGCAAAAGGAUUUGCAGGAAGCCGCACAAGACAUGCCGGGCUCCAGUGGCUUCUUGGCCGAGAACCUGGAGAAACUGCAUCGGUCGUCGUACCUUGAGCGCUCCACGAUUGCUGAGGGUGUUGCUACAAGAUGCACCAUUAGCGGCCUGCCCGUUUUGGCACUGCCUGAUGAGUUGACGGGCACGGGCAACACAGCCAUGCAAGCCUCCUUGGAAAGCUUCUUCGAAGAAUACCGGGAGAAGAUCGUGUCCAUGGACAAGCAGCAGCUCGAGGCCUCCUUGAGAUACAUCGACAUUGGCCAGACCGUGGCUUCAAAUCCAGAUGAUGUCCACAGACUGCUUUGUGACUACAGCAGUGCGGUCGGUCGGCUGUGUCCUUUGGAUGAUUUCAUGGUGGAGAGCCAGCUGAAUCGUGUGCGAGACCUGGGCUCUAUCAUUACCGCCUUCCCUCUCAAUCAGCCUGGAGAAAGUGGGCAGCAGGUGAGAUACAUUUCCAUGGGCCCUGGAGUUGUUGCUGAGAAUGCCACUGACGGCAAGACUUAUCGGUUUAUUCAGAAUGUGGAAGCCCAUGACCCAUACUCAGAAUCAGCCAAGCUCCAGAGCCUCUUCGCAGAAAUGGGAAUACCUUGGAUCGAGGACAUGGGACAGAGGAAGGCCAGCUUGCUGGACCUCUACAUGAACAACCAACGCCUGUAUGAGGAGGUGAACCUAGCGUUGUGGAAGGACGAUGAAGUCCUGCUGCGGCGGCUUGCUCCCUACAUCCGAGCAUUGCGAAGUCUGUUUGAGAGGCCCCAGCAGGAUGAGAUUGAAGGCUUCGACUUCUUUGGUGCAGCAGGCCAAGUCGUUGAGCGGCGAAUGCAGCUGGAUGAGGACCAGAUUGAUUUGUACUUGCUGGAAAAGAGAGUUUGCUGGCCACAUUUCGCAUUGGCAAGAGUCAUGGACCUGCAGAAGGUGAAACUGGAAGAUUUGCAAAAUGAGGACCGUUCGGCCGAGCCAGCCCCUGAAGGGACAGCCGUGCGUGUUUUCUUUGAUGGGGAUCUGCCGAAUGCAGGGUAUGUUCCCGCGGUGAUCCACGCCCUGUCGCGCCCGCAGCACCCUCACGGAAGAGUGGUGAUGUUUCCUCCGCAUUGCAUGUUCCGCAUAGAAAACGUCGACGGUUGCAAGACCUACGAUGAUCCAAACAAGUGGACCAUUAAUCUGGCUCUGGACAGCGUCCCGUCAGUAUGGAAGCUGAUUCGCGAGAAGGACUGGCAGCGCUUCAGAGAGUGGGCAGAUGCACAUCCAGAACUUGUCAACAGUCACGGGAGCUUGGGAUCGAUCAUCUGCGAAGUGGCACGGAGCUUGGCCUCAGAGCCUCGACAGUUGGCCGAGGAUCCUGUGGAGGUGUGCCUGAGCCGUGGUGCCCAAGCCAACGAGGUCGACGACGCUGGUAAGACUGCGCUGUCGAUUCUGGCCUCCGAAGCUCCAAGCCAAGUUCUUCAAUCAGACACCAAUGUCGGGUCAGCGGUUGUCAGGUUUGGCGCUCAUCCCGUCGAAGGUGUUGAUACAUCGAGCAUUGGCUUCCGCUACCGCCACGUAAAUUGGCAGUAUUGGCACGACAAGGUGCAGGUGAAUGGAAAACCGAACGGAUGGUAUCCCUUCAGCCGCAAAGCGUCAGACACACUGGAGAGCCAGUAUCAGGCCUGGUUGCUACGGGGCGAGCUUGGUGCGGCAAGUGAUUGCAACGUCAGGAGUGGCGAGCACGAAUAUCGUGUGUGGUUCAAGGAGAUGAAGCAGCAGAAGCAGCAAAAGUCUGGAUCUGGCAAAGAGCGACAAGUUCGCAGGGCCCCAAAGGGACUUGACGAGCGUGAGGACUUCCAGGUCAAGGCUGAUUUCGAGUCUAUGCUUCGGGUGCUUCAAAUUUCGCUGUGCGAAGGAACGCAAAAGAAAUCAGAAAGGCUUCAACAUGACGUUUCAGAUCCUGGCUUGAAGCAGGCUUUGGAAGCAAUAGCUAAAGCCUCGGAUGACGAUGACGAAGCACUUAAGGACGGACUACAGCAGUUUGAUGAUGCUAUGGCACAGCACGUCAGCGCUUCCCGCGCUGCAGCAGACGGCGGCGAGCACGGUUCUACUCAAGAUGCCCAUGUGAUUGAGAAGGAAAGGUGCACUGAAAAGUUGCAAAGCUUUCGGAGGACCGCGGAAAACCUUCAUGCGUCUCUUGCUAUUGGCUGGGAGGACAGAGGAAAGGCUCGCAAUCUGAUCAGGGCCGUGGCUAAUGACACCACUGCGUCGCUUGAGCCAGACUUCCUAGCCGAGUCGCGGAUGACUGUGUCGAACGUUGAGGUUUUCGACAGCGGCGGCAAGUUGAACGCUGCCUUCCGGGUGACACUGUCCUGGCAGAACUCGAGUCCAGGUGUUUCGACCGAUCUGGACAUGCAUAUGAAGUGCCCAGAAUGCAAGAAAGAAGUGUACUUUAACCGCAAGGAAUGUUGGUGUAAAGAAGAGCAGAGGAGGUUGUGGCUGGAUGUAGAUAUGACUGGUACGAAAGACGAUUCCACGGAGAACAUGACAGUUGACCAGCCAAGUGCCAAAGGCUACAAGUUGCGCGUCAAGCUGUAUCGUGGCGAGCCAGUGCCUUUUACGGUCUUGGUUCGAAGAGCUGGCUACCCAGACCGUGAAUACUACAAACUGGGACCUCACAAGGAGGUCGGGGAAAUGAUGAGCAUAUUUUCGGCUUCGAUGGAUGAGAAAGGCGACCUGCAAUUGGAAUCGGAUUCGAAGUUUCUCUUUAAGGACCAGCGACGGGAACCUCUGCCACCUCAGGAAACAUCAUCUUCUGCGGCCGUGCGUCCUGUGCGCCGUCGAAGCUCCCAACUCCUCAAACUCCCAGGACCACGCAGUCAUCUUCUGAUUUCAGGGCGCUUUAACAGCGAUGAAAAGAUGGAUUACAUGAAGCGUGUGAAAGAGCUACUGGAUGAUCAAGGCGUGCCCACCUUCAUGGUAGAAGCCCAAGGGGCAGGGGACUCGUUUGGUGACAAGACCAUGCUGGGUCUGUAUCAAGCCAAAGCACUGGUGGCCUUCUGCACUGCCGACUAUGGUGCGAAAACCGGCGCUCAGUACGAGACGUAUUUGGAGUUGCGGUACGCCCAUCAGAAGGACCUCCCGAUAAUUGCGGUUCAACUCUGCGACACCUUCCCGCCAAAGCCGAAUGAUCUAGCAGGUCAAGCUCAGAACGAUUUCGUGUUCCGCAGCGACAUAAUACGCAUCAUGGAUGUUGGAAUGGCCAGCCCAGAGAAAGUUGCAGGUGAAAUCCACCAGGCCUGGGUUCGACGAAUCCAGAAGAUCUAG